CCAAAUAAUCAUUACUCAAUAAUGCCACUCUUUGCAUAAGCCAAACACUAGAAUACUUCAAUCAUCACCCCCUCAAUUAAAUCGUUAUCCUUAUGUAAUUUUUGCCGACAUUUGAUUCCCAAUUCUAUUUCAAUAUUACUCUUCUUAUCCUUUAGAUCUUCACCAGUUAAUUAAAGGGGUUGUAUACUUGUAUGUGAAGAUUUGAGUGAUUUGUUGAUAGCUGUGAGGUGAUGUCUGGACCACUUGAUAGAUUUGCAAGGCCUUGCUUCGAGGGGUCGUCAGGCAACGAUGAGAGACCAGUGAGAAGAGAACGAUCAGGAAGAGAAAGAAAGUCCGAUUUUGAAAACUCCGAGGAUGAAAGGAGGACAAGAAUUGGUUCACUGAAAAAGAAAGCAUUAAAUGCAUCUAGCAGGUUCAAAUAUUCUCUCAAGAAAAAAAGCAGUAGAAGAAAAGGCGAUGGGCGGGUCCGCUCCGUCUCCAUUGAGGAUAUUAGAGACGUAGAGGAGUUACGUGCUGUCGAUGCAUUCAGACAAGCGCUCGUUUUGGAUGAAUUGCUACCAGAAAAACUGGAUGAUUAUCAUAUGAUGUUGAGGUUUCUGAAAGCACGGAAAUUUGACAUUGAAAAGGCGAAACAAAUGUGGGCUGACAUGAUUAACUGGCGAAAGGAAUUCGGUGCGGAUACGAUUAUUGAGGACUUUGACUUUAGUGAGUUGAAUGAAGUAUUGAAGUAUUAUCCGCAUGGUAACCAUGGAGUGGAUAAAGAGGGAAGACCCGUCUACAUCGAACGAUUAGGGAAGGUUGACCCGAACAAACUCAUGCAAGUUACAACCAUGGAUCGUUACCUAAAAUAUCACGUACGGGAGUUUGAAAAAAGCUUUGCUUUCAAGUUCCCGGCAUGUUCAAUUGCUGCAAAACGACACAUAGACUCGAGCACCACCAUUUUGGAUGUUCAGGGUGUGGGGCUGAAGAACUUCAGUAAGAGUGCUCGUGAACUCGUCAUGCGUUUACAGAAAAUUGACGGCGACAAUUAUCCUGAAACACUCCAUCAAAUGUAUAUAAUCAACGCCGGAGCUGGUUUUAGGCUGCUUUGGAAUACCGUAAAGUCAUUUUUAGAUCCCAAAACGGCUGCAAAGAUUCACGUUUUGGGUAACAAAAAUAAAUUGCUUGAGAUCAUUGAUGCCAGUGAGUUACCAGAAUUUUUAGGUGGCACCUGUACGUGUGCGGACAAAGGGGGUUGUCUUCUAUCUGAUAAAGGGCCAUGGAAUAAUCCUGAUAUCUUGCAGUUGGCUCUUAAUAGUGAAGCACAGCGUACAAGACAGGUGGUUAAAGUUUUAAAUAGCGAGGGAGAGAUUGUUGCAUACGCUAAGCCUCAGCUUCCCAUGCUAAGAAGCGGUGAUACAUCUGCUGAGUCGGGUUCAGAAGCGGAUGACAUGGCAUCCCCUAAAGCAAUGAGGAGUUAUUCACAUCUUAAGUUGACUCCUGUUCAUGAAGAAGCAAAGACAAUUGGAGCCACAAGCUAUCCUGGUCAAUCUUCUGGAUACGAUGAAUACGUUCCGAUGGUUGAUAAAGCUGUUGAUUCUGGAUGGAAGAAUCAACCUUCAAAUCCAACGCCUUGUGAUCCCAGAGGUCAGAAAUGGACAGGGACCCUUACUGAACCUGCUGCUCAAAAGGGUUAUUCUCGGAUAUGGGUGAUGCUUUUGUCGAUGUUCAUGACCAUUUUCACCCUGUUUAGUUCAGUCAUGAGUCGUGUAACUAAAAAGGUUGCUGACUCACCAUCCGAGGUUGCCCAAAACAGUGAGGAUUUUUGUUUUGAUGCGUCGACAACUAAGGAGGAAUUCCGACCUCCAUCACCGAUUCGUUUAUUUAAAGAGGCGGAAAUUAUCAAUUCCGUUUUGAAAAGAUUAGGUGAACUUGAAGAGAAGGUUGAUACACUCAAAGUAAAGCCGUCGGAGAUGCCAUAUGAGAAAGAGGAAUUGCUAAACGCUGCUGUUUGCCGUGUUGAUGCUUUAGAAGCAGAACUUAUUGCUACCAAAAAGGCCCUGCAUGAAGCUUUGAUGAGGCAAGACGAAUUGCUAGCUUACAUCGACAGUCAAGAGGAGAAAAAAUUCAGGAAGAAGAAAUUUUGCUGGUGAAGAGUGUUGAAUGGUUUAGGGCUGUAAAAUGGUCAACAACCUGACCCGACCCAACUCAACCCGUGCUUUUACAGAUGGCUUUGAUACCAUAAAAGUUCAUCGGACCGAUUAGAGGCUUUAACACGACCAGUUCUUACGGUUUAAUGGUCUUGAUAUUCCCAUUCUUUAAUCUUUGUGUCUUUGGUUAAACUUGGAACAUUAUAAAAUUUAAAAAAGUUGAAAUAUAAAUACGUAAUAAACGUGGAAACAAUUGUAUUAUUAUGUAUCAUAAUAUGUUAAUUACAUCACGUAUAUAUAAGACAUAUAUUUACACA